AUGGCUUUCGUGCCACUUGGUGCUGCUUCUGCUUGUGGCCAAGCAGCCACUGUGUUGACCCUUGCUUACGGCGAUGUGUUUCUGAUCGGCAUGGUGAAACCUAUGGAGCCUGUUGCGAGUGCUGUCCUGUUAUUGAUAUUCUUUGGAGAGUGCGUACAUCCUGUCAAGUACGCAGCCAUUGCUACAAUCGUGACUGGUGUGGCCAUGUGCUCCGCAGACCACGUGGCAGUCCGUGAUGUUUGUGCACGUAGGAUGUCCAGAUUGCGCAUGCAAGUGGGAGCACGCAUUUCCAUCACUCGCCAUGACAUGAACGAACACCUGCGGCUACAGCAGUACUUAGCCGAAGCAUUUUGCCUGGACAUUCGCCUGCGACCCUUUCCAACCGUCAGCAACAUGCCGUCCACUCGCCAGCGCAACACCGUCCUUGCUGCUGCAGCCACCGUCUCUGCUGGUGCAUUGACCUUCGUGGCUCCCCCGAGCACGCCAAGCGCGGCCCGCAUCGAGCCAGGUGUGGCAGCCUCUCAUGCAGCCAACUCUCAGCCGCAGGGCUCCUUUGGUGCUGCCACUGCCGGUGCUGCCGUGCUCGCCGCUGGCUGCGCUGUGCGCACGACGGCGAAGGGAAAGGGACAGCGCAAAGCUGUGAAAGUGGCGGCGGUUGCCACCGACACAGAGGUCGAGACCGACUGCAUCAACUCCAUCCGGUUCUUGGCCGUUGAUGCAGUGAACAAGGCCAACUCUGGGCACCCAGGAGCGCCCAUGGGCCAGGCGCCCAUUGGCUACCUGCUCUUCGCUGAGGAGAUGGCUUACAACCCCAAGGACUCCACCUGGUGCAAUCGCGACCGCUUCGUGCUGUCUUCCGGCCAUGGAUGCAUGCUGCAGUACUCCCUGCUGCACUUGGCCGGCUACGACAGUGUUGCCAUGGAUGACUUGAAGCAGUUCAGGCAGUGGGGCUCUAAGACCCCGGGCCACCCCGAGAAUUUCGAAACCGAUGGCAUCGAGGUCACCACUGGCCCUCUUGGCAUGGGCAUCUCCAACGCAGUGGGUCUGGCGGCGGCAGAGGCUCACUUGGCGGCCGCCUACAAUAAGCCGGACUUUACUCUGAUUGACCACUACACCUACACCAUUGCAGGCGAUGGCUGCAUGCAGGAGGGUAUCUCCCACGAAGCCUGCGCCUAUGCUGGCCACCUGGGUCUCGGGAAGCUGAUCGCAUUCUAUGAUGACAACGGCAUCACCAUUGAUGGCCACACCGACCUCUCCUUCACCGAGGACGUCGGCAAGCGCUUUGAGGCCUAUGGUUGGCAGGUGCUGGUUGUGGACAAUGGAGACAAGGAUGUGGAUGCCAUCCGCAAGGCCAUCGCUGAGGCUAAGGCGUGCACUGACAAGCCCACGCUCAUCAAGGUGAAGACCACCAUUGGCUUCGGCUCCCCAAACAAGGCCGACAGCCACGACGCACACGGUGCGCCAUUGGGCGCCGAUGAGGCUGAGGCCACCAGGAAGCAGCUGGGUUGGAACUACGGCGAGUUCGAGGUCCCCGACCAUGUCUACGCAGCCUUCAAGAAGCAGGCCGAUGCUGGCGCCGAGAAGCAGGCCGCAUGGGACAAGCUCUUUGCCGCCUACAAGGAGAAGGAGCCAGAGCUUGCAGCGCAGUUUGAGCGGGCUGUGCUGAACAGGAAGUUGCCGGACAACUGGGACGAAUGCCUCCCGAAGCUGACCGAAGAGGACAAGGGCAAGGCUACCCGCUUGCACUCCCAGGACUGCCUGAACGCCAUUGCGCCAGUGCUGCCUGAGUUCAUGGGUGGAUCCGCCGACCUGGCGCCUUCCAACAUGACCCUGAUGAAGUGCACUGGUGACUUCCUCAAGGACAGCUACUCGGAGAGGAACUUCCGCUUCGGCAUCCGCGAGUUCGGCAUGGGUGCCGUGUGCAACGCGCUGUCCCUGGAUAAGACAGGCAUCAUCCCGUACUGCGCCACCUUCACGAUCUUCACCGACUACAUGCGCUCCGCCAUCCGUAUCGCGGCGCUUUCGCAGGCGGGCACCAUCUUCGUCACCACUCACGACUCCAUUGCGGUAGGCGAGGACGGUCCUACCCACCAGCCGAUUGAGACCAUUCCCUCCCUGCGUUUGAUCCCCGACCUCACUGUCAUGAGGCCUGCUGACGGCAACGAGACUGCCGGCGCAUACAAGUAUGCCGUGGAGCGCUCCAAGAAUGAGUCAAGGCCAACCAUGAUGGCUUUCUCCAGACAGGCUCUGCCAAACCUCCCCAACUCGUCCAUCGAGAACACCUUGAAGGGUGCCUAUGAGGUUGUGGAGUGCGCUGACCCAGAGCUUAUCAUCAUCGGGACUGGCUCUGAGGUCCACAUUUGCAUUGACGCCGCCAAGUCCAUGGACCAGAAGGUUCGUGUGGUGUCCAUGCCUUCCGUGGAAGUCUUCCGGGCUCAGCCGGACAGCUACAAGGAGGGACUCCUACCCAAGGGCGUCCCCACCCUCAGCGUGGAGGCAGCCUGCACAUCCGGCUGGGGCGAGUUCUCCACCGGACAGGUAGGCAUCAACGUCUUCGGCGCCUCCGCGCCGGGCGGCACCUGCCUGGAGAAGUUCGGCUUCACCGCAGAGAAUGUCAAGGCGUGCGGCGAGAAGUGCUUGAAGGGCGAGACCGGUGUCCUCUCUGACGGUACUCAGGGAAAGCACUGA